GUCCUCUGCUGUCCUCAGUCCCUAGUCCUUCAAUCUUCGCCUCCUACCUUUCUCCUCAGCCUAAGGUUUAUUUAGCACAACUUCUGGCACAAUGUCUACGCCCACCAACAAAGCUGCCCAGUUGAAAGCAGAGGGCAACGCCUUGUUCGCGAAGAAGGAUUUCAAGCAAGCUAUUCAGAAGUACGGCGAAGCCAUCGAUGUGGAUGGAAAUAACGCAGUUUUAUACUCCAACAGGGCUGCGUGCCACCUAAACUUACAACAAUAUAAAGAGGCGAUCACCGACUCAGAGAAGGCAACAGAAUUGGACCCCGCCUACUCGAAAGCUUGGAAUCGUCUUGCCGCUGCUCAGGACGCCCUUGAUCUCUACCCCAACGCCAUAAAAUCGUACCAACGCGCCAUCGAUACACUUCCAAAAGAGUCUCCGACACCUACAGAGCUCACACAAAAGAAGCAAUACGAGGCCGCUCGCGAUGCAGUCGCGAUCAAGCAGCAGAACCUGGAAGCCGCGAGAAACAGACCUCGGCAGCAACCUACUGCUGAAGAGCCAUACAUCCGUAUGAACACCAACACGCAGAGAAUGCCGUGGGUGGUGGCGAACGAGUUGAUCCCGACUCUGAGGCUGAAAGAGAAUUAUUUUAGCAGCGCGUAUCUCAUUGGCGAAGCUGAAAUGUGCUUCCAGCAAGCAAAUCAGAUAAUGAACAGCCUGAGGAAGGUCCCGAGUCCCAUGGGUCCAAUGUACUUCGGCGUGACCGGGGCUAUCGAAUCACUGAGCAAUGCCGUCAUGAUGGAUAGGCGUGUCUUCCGUCUCGAAAGUAUGGAGUGGGUUCAGAAGUAUAAUGACCAGAUGUCUAUGGAGACGGGCAGGGUGAACGGUCCAAACGUCAGAGGCAGCACCGAGAGUAUCAUAGACGGAAUUCGUCAGAGGUUCGAUGAGGGAGGCUUUGAUGUAGCUCGGCCAUGCGCCAGCGUCGCAGUCAGGAGCAUCAUCAUGCUGGCUAAUGUGGAGGCUGGUCUUCAACGUAAGCACGAGUUAGCAGUCGAACGGUACGAUCAAGCCCUCGCCAUCCUGAGAUGGGGAAGGGAGCACUGGAAGGAUGUUCCGAAGGACGACAGAGGAACCAUCUUUGAGGAUUCGUUUAUGAGAGGUGUGAGAGACCUACGCCUAGAGGCGUACAUGGAGGCCUGGAUGACUAACAAAAAAUCCAAGAAAUUUACACUUGAUGACCUUCUGAAAGAGGCGGAAGAUAUACUAGCAGAAGUCAGAGCUCAUCCUUGUACGGAAGAGAUGAAGCGCGAAAUCCCUGGCUUCGCUCUGGCUUUUUGGUCGUACGUUGAGGGGCAUGCACUGGCGAUGAUCGGCUUCGUCAAGAACUGGGCUCCUCGUGUUGGUCAAUUUGGCAAUGCUAGCACACGGGAAGAGAUCGAGACCACAUUCAUGAAGUCUUUCCAAGAGUCUGCCAAAGCGUAUUUUGAGGCUGCGGACAAGUUCCCGGAAGACGAUGAAGCGCACGUUUGGUACCUCAACUGUGGUAUCGACAUCUACUGGCGUACCGGUAUCCCGCUCAAAGUCUCCCUUCCCAUCAUGGAACGUAUUCGCAAAGCCCACAACACGAUGCGUAAGGCGAAGAUAUGGGAGAACUCGGCGAUGGGUAUGCAAGGGAGGGAUCAAGCGCUGCAGAGGUUAGCGUGGUUCGAAGAGGAUGUAAAGAAGGCUAUGGCAGAGGGACAAUUUGACGGUGAGGCACAGAUACUGCCUAGUUGGUGUCAGCCAGAAAAUAACGAGUGAUCGUAAACGCACCAUGGCAUGGGAGAGUACGCGAGCGUUGGAUUUGGGUUGAGUGCUCGAUCUUUCUUCAGUACCGAUUAUUUAUGUAACACUCUUCUUGGUAUACAUCAC